CAUGCUGAAGAAUGUAAAUCUUGUACAGUAGCUUUCCUCUUUCAAAUCACCUAAUUGUGCGGCUCAAAAUGGUGGCGACGACAAAGAAAAACAAUACGACGGAUUAAUGUGACCAGCACGUGACGAUGUGACAGAUAGGUACAGCAGGCUCGUUCGUGUUAUUGAGUCGGGAUAUGUCGCUGCUCAAGGAGUUGCAAGCAUGUCGUGUCUAUAAAUGACAGACCACAAAACAAAGACAUGCUGUAACUGAGACGUAACAGAGCUGGAGACGGUGUCACCAUGAAGAGCUUCGGCUCCAGGUGGGCCUUCACUCUGGGCUUCCUGGUGGGAGCCUGCAGCGUCUUCUUCUUCCUGCGCCAGGUGCGUUUUGAGAGGAGCUACCCAGUGCUGUCAGGGGCUCAGGAAAAAGCCAGCACGACACCGAGCAGCUGGAGGAAGGAAGGAGGUGCUCUCAUCAACCUGCUCCACCCUCACCAUGCAGGUGAAGACAGCCGAGUAGCAGAUCUGCUGUACCAGAAGGUGCGUGUUCUCUGUUGGGUGAUGACGGGGCCGUAUAACCUUGAGAGCAGGGCUCGCCAUGUCAAGGCCACAUGGAGUCGCCACUGUAAUGUGGUGGUGUUCAUGAGCUCGGUGGAGGACCUUGAUUUCCCCACAGUGGGCCUGGGCACCAAGGAGGGCCGGGACCAGCUCUACUGGAAGACCAUUAGAGCCUUUCAUUAUGUAUAUGAACACCAUGCGGACGAAGCUGAUUGGUUCUUAAAAGCAGAUGAUGACACCUUCAUUGUGGUGGACAACCUGCGUUGGAUUCUGUCCAAUCACACCCCAGAGGAGCCCAUCUAUUUUGGCAAGCGCUUUAAGCCUUACACCAAGCAGGGCUACAUGAGCGGGGGCGCUGGCUAUGUGCUGAGCAAAGAGGCGCUCAGGAGAUUCGUGGAGGGUUUCAGAACCAAAGUUUGCACACAUACCACCCCAGUAGAGGACCUGGCUCUGGGACAGUGCUUAGAGAAGAUGAAUGUUCUGGCAGGAGACUCCAGAGACACUUUGCACCGAGAAACUUUUCACCCAUUUGUGCCAGAACACCACCUAACGGGAAAGUUCUCUAAGACCUUCUGGUACUGGAGCUAUUGUUACUACCCAAUUGUUGAGGGUCCACAGUGCUGCUCUGACCUGGCAGUAUCUUUCCACUAUGUAGAAGCAGAUAUGAUGUACAUGCUAGAGUACUACACCUACCAUCUUAGAGCAUACGGCUACAGGCCACGCUACCAGCCACCUUUGCCGCACCUUAAGGACCUGCACGGAGUCUCACGGACAGCUGUGCCAACACAAGCGAAAAUGAAAGCUGCUCAAGAGGUGAUUGAUGGAAAGAACCACACAACUUUGUCCGUCUCCGUCAGAGCAAACCAGACUAAAGCAGAGAUGGAGGAGAGAGGAAGUCCAAACUCUGGGCUGCUUGCUGGGAACAGAACAGCAGUCACACGUGGAUGAUUGUGCGUUUAUAUGCAGCUGAAUGUGAAUGAUUGUUCCUGAGAGGUAAUUUUUACACUUGGCGGGAUGUUUUUUGCUAUCAGAGCUGACUGAUCACAGCAUAUACCAGCCAGUGGGAGACUACAAGAGCUCACAGUGUGAGAGGUUUAGAUUUCAGUUUCAUUUAACACAACAUUAAGGUUUAUACAUGGUUACUCCAUGUGUUGGAAACAGGAAUGAUGCAGAGGCACCAAGAGUAUUAUUUUUAAGUAUUUUUUGCAAAUUCCUGAUCUGAGUCAAUGAUACAAGAGCAGAUGUUGAAUUUUUUUUAAAUGUAUUAUUUUUCAUGUUUGUUUUCUUGACAUGGGGAGCAUUUUCAGAUUGACCUAUCUUUUUUUCUAUCAAAGGGUGCACAGCACACCCCCUUUCCACCUUUUAACAGUGUCUAAUUAAACUGUUGAGCAAUGCUUUGAUCAAAAUGAACACAGAUUAAGCACCAGAGAAGGUUUUAGCCUCUAUAUAAACCAGCUCUAAACAGCGUUAUUUUUUUUUUUUUUUAAACAGUCUUGUGUGUUUCUUUAAAUGCAAAUGAGGUUUUCCCACCCUGCCCCUCUCCUCUGAGGGUGUGCCAACAGGAGCACAGUUGUGGGUGAAGAUCUCUGAAUGCAGGUACUAUUUAUAGCGUCACACUGAGCACAGAUUCUGAACUGUCAGUCAGAUUUCAUUAUUUCAAAUAUAGGCAAACCAUAAACAAAGGACUGGGUUGGCUAGUGUCACAUUUUCAAGGUUGGUAGACACUUUGAAUACCCAAAGUUGUGUGUACAAAAUACGUUAUGUUCAUGUUCAUGUUCCCCUUAAACAGAGACUGAGAUAGAAUAUCUGUGCUGCUAAGGUUCUCUGGCUAAGAAAGGAAAUGGACGACUGUUGCAUUCAAAUUUAAAUAAUUGAAGUCCCUGUAAAGUGAUAAAAAACAUUUGUUUUAGGUGUUGUUGUAUGAUAGGUCACUAUGUUAUGAACCACCAGGCCAAAUUUUAGUCAUGGGAAUCAUCUUUAAGUUUAUAAAAAUUAAGCUUCAAACCAUGAAAAAUGAGGCAGUAAAAUCUGCUCUAUGAUGAUAUGGGUGUGGCAGAUUAAUGAGCUGAAGCCACACCCACUCACACGAAAUAAAAUCCUCUCAGAUUUUAAAAAAGGCUUCAAUCUGAAUGGAAGAAACACCAAUCUCCUAAGCUGCUAUGUUACAGCUCUCUUUUUAAAGCCACCAGAUAAACAGUUACAUUUAUGUCUCUACAUACGUUUUCUGAGUCAUGUGAAGUUAAGUCUCUCUUCCUUUAUAGAUGUCUUUUGUUAAGUUGCUGCUGAAACCACUCUAUUUCCUGAUUUUGCUCUUCAAAAUAAAAGUCUUCAAUGAUGAUUAGCAUUGAAAGCUUUUAUUGUGAUAGACUUGACAGGUAUUGAACAAGUCUAUCAUUGAAUGCUUUACUAAGCUUCAGUAAUGCUACGCUAACAGACAGGGUGGAUCAAACUGUUUCUGCUUAGAGAGAGACAAAGCCACAGUCUGCUUCUUUUAAUCAUCCAGGACUAAAGACUAGUGAAAUAUAGAUUAAAACACACCUUCAGCAAGUAAGAUGUUUGUUCCUACUGCAUCUGGUCCAAGUGGAAAAUAGACAAGCACUCCUGCAAUUGGCCUGCCCCCUGACAUUAUGCUGAACUCUUUCCAGAGUGCGGUUGUCUGGCUCUGUGCAGGGGCAGCGAGACAAAAGUUAGAGAUUAGAUUUACUGUUUUCUGGCACAAAUCUUUCAAUUAUGAUGCUUUUAAUUACCAUAGGCCACCGUGGCUGAAAUUUACCUCACAAUGAAAAAAAUGCAGCAUGUAGAUGGCUGAACGAAGGCAGUAACAUCAGCUAAUGCAGUGGUUUCCAAACUUUUUUAGUCACCCCAUUGGCAGAUGGAAAUAUUUUUCAGAGUAUGAUUUGCUUGUUGUUUUUUUAAGAUUUAUAUUGGACUUUUUAUGUCUUUAUUGAAAGAGGAGGACAGUGGACAGAAUCGGAAACAGAGAUGAGAGAGCUGGGGAGAGAUGUGGGAAAGUACCGCAGGCUAGAUUCAAACCUGGUCCAACCGUGUACGAGGGGUGUGCCUUAAACCACUAGGCCAUUUAUGGUCUGCUUUGAUUUAUUUUUUGUCUUAAUUGCAGCAACAGCAGAAAAAAAACUAUGCAGAAGGAAAGUGUGGCCAAGGCUCUCUAUGGCACUGUUGAAUUUGAGGUGAUAUCAACGAACUGCUCCUAUUCUGCAGUGCUGAAGUCAUCAGCUUGUGUUGCUUAGCCUUGACUUGCUGCACCCCCUUAUCAUGACUUUGGGCCCUCCCUGGGGGGCCCAUGGCCCACUUUGGGAACUACUGAGCUACUAACAGACUUUAUUGAGAUGGACUGCUCUGUGAUUUUAUAUCGUUGUAGCAUUAGGGGAGUGGGAUAAUUCCCCAUAGCGACCUGUGAUGUUGUGAGCUACUAUACCCUGCCCCAAUAAAACCAAGCCAGGAAAGGGAUGAACAACUUUUUUACAGUCUAAAUCAAAAAUUCAGUCCUGCAUUGAUCUCAGUGUUUUCACAUGUUUACAGCAGUCUUGUUUGAACAUAUCUAGGUUGCUAAAACAUAAAAUUUGGGUUUCACUUUACAGGGACUUUAAUCUUUUCUUUUGCCUCUAUGAUAACAGGAUUUUUGAUCAAAUGUUGUAUUUCUUUUCUUAAUUACUUUUUUAAAAAUGACUUAAUGAUUUACUGUGUUUUUAAAGCUCCCAUGAGGCACUGCUUUGCUUAGAAGCUCAAAAAAUGCUUCAGUAUUAAUUAAACUUUGUUUUAGAACAGUGUAAACUUCUCCCAGGAGCGUUAAAUAGUCAGCACUCAUUCUAAAUUCUCAGUCGGCAGGGGUGUGAUGUUUGUUUUAGUUAAGAGAAGCGGCUGUAUCAAAUGUACUUUCUUCUGACUUUAAGGGUGUUCGAAGCUCUGAUAAGAGCAUAUUUGAAAGCACUUGUGCCUCUGUCAAAGAAUGCUGUGGCUUCUGAUGAUCACAAUGUUACACAGAGCUCUGAUCAAUCCCUCCUGUCAAAGCCGUUUUUAUAAAUCCCAGCAGUGAAUGCUGUAGCAGGUGUGCUUGAACAUCUCUGUCUGCACUGGAGCCAAGGGGAAUAAACAUCAACAGCUGCAGGAAAUGCAGACAUUUUUAUGAAUAAAUUAUGUAUAAAAGUAUGUUUAUUUUGAAGAAAAUGAAUACAAUGGUAAAGAAAAAGCAUGAAUCAUCAGUGACUUCUCAUCAUUUUUGUCUUUAGAUAAAACAAAUACAGUCUGUGUGGAUUAUGAAUGCUUUCAUUAGCCAGCUGGCAGGUUGACAGUGUGAAACAUGUCUUUAAGUUGUUAUCUUGAGAUAUUUACUAUAUUGUGGGUAUUCUUUGUGAUCCUGUGCCUUUGUUGUUAAAUGAGAAGGUUGCUUGUGUAAAUGCCUACAGCCCCUGAAGAAACCUGCAACAAAGCACAAAAAGCAAAGAUAUAAGAAUGAC